AUGCCGUGCACGAUCAAGAUCCGUCUUGUCGAGGCCCGUGACAUGCCUGUGGUGGACCGCACGAGCAAGCUGGCAGAUGCAUAUGUCAGCAUCACAUUUGCGAGCUUCGAGGCCAAGUCGUCGGUGUCCAAGAAGACUUUGAACCCAAAAUGGGACGAGGAGUUCCGCUUCGAUGUGGCGGACGACUCGGUGCUGCAGAGCCAGCCCAUCGAGUUCAAGCUCAUGGACCACGACGUAUACACCACAGACGCCACAGUGGGCAUCGUCUACGUCGACCUCAACUGCCUGCUCAUGCGGGACGGGCACGUUAUACAGGGCUGGUUCCCCGUAUACGACACUCUACUGGGUUACUUUGGCGAUGUGAACCCAUUUCGAGAAUCUUCCGCCGGCGUGCAAUUCUUCGGACUGUCGACGCUAGACCCAAGUCUGUAUCGGAUCGAAAGCAUGUUGGGCUUUGUAGAGGAGCUGGUGGUGCACGCAGACCCGGAAUAUUCGUGGAGUGACAGUUUUCGCACCUCCAGACGCAGUAACGAGCAUAGACAAUUAUUGCUGUACAAAUUGUCGUCUCAGGUGGCUACUUUGGUCGGAAAGAAGGCGUUGGAGCUCGGAGGGAACGCCGUGUUGGCUUAUAAACAGUUCUUCGAUGUGGAAGGAGAUAGCGGACUCGUGGCACGCGCUUGUGGCACUGCAUGCUACAUCACGCCAGUGGGGAAGAGCGAGUUGACGUCGGAUAAUGGCAGUCAACAGAGAGCACACAGCGAGGAUGGACUGGACAGUGAACUGAAUGUGGAUGUUGACACGGACGACGUCACGUCGAUAGGAGGAGAAAGUGUCGAGGCUCUACUGUCACCUCGCUAUUAUCCACGACGUGUGUUGAAGUCUCUAAAGGCCCCAGAAGCGUUCAAUAUCUCCGCACACGACGAGGUGCAAUUGAUCACACUGAAGGUGUUUAAUCCAGCGACGAGGAUCCGAUUGGCUGGAAUUGUCAGCGCUCGGUCGGUCAAGUAUCUUGGCAAAUUGGCGACCAAGUUGGCGGAUCAAGAAACACGCGACUCGUGGUGGCUGGAGCUGCGUGAAGAGAUACGGGCCCAUGCGCAGUCACUCCAAUGUCCUUUUGUUAUUGGCUACACCGAGUCCUGCACUAUUCACGACGACGUGUGUGUGAUCUCCGCCUCCUACGACGCGGAUGACGACGCACCUGACGCCCAUUCAGCGUCUUCGCCCAUGCUGAAUAUCCCUCUUCCAGAGAUUUCAGCUUCGCUUGGACGUCGCAGUCCUUCGUUCUCGUACACGACAUAUCAGCCGAUGCCACCAAGGACAAAACCGAGUAUGCGGAUGGUUCGCUGUGGUGUAUGCGGCAACAAGUGGGUUCCGGAGAUGAUGAUCGCGUCCAUUGAGCCUCCUGCUGGUCUUGCCAUGAUGGGGAAAGGGACAUUCAUUCAAGCACGCGUGUGUCGUCAGCGGAGGAAAGGAACAGGCGACGUUAACGCCACCAUCGUGUCGGACGCACUGCCAUUCCUCGAAUACGAACUCUAUCGCCAACUCAUCGUGAAGAUGAAAGUGCUCGGUGUGAACGCGGUGUUCGCGUUUGACUCGCAGAUCCAGAUCGGCGGGUCUCUAAUCGUCGGUGUUAUUACUGGUACUGGUCUGUAUCUGCCUGCUCUCCCACCUCCCCCAACACUUCACAUCGAGCGAAACAUCGAUGUGAAAGACGAGGAAGAUCGACGUCUUGUUCAGCUUCAAGCUCAGAUCGAAGAGCUCAGCACGUUCAACAAAGACAGACUUCACCGGGAUCAAAUCUGCAUCGUUCAACCGGAAUAUGAAUACUAUAUCGGAGGCAGGAGUGCGCGGAACCAGCUCCAAGCCAGCACGUCGCUUUCCGACCAGGACGACGACAUUGCGAAGGGCUCCAAGCGUCUGUUCCAACACACGCAGUCCCGAUCAAGACGUGCGCGAAGGAGACAAGUAGCACAGCCGUCUCCUGAUGACGGUCAGACGCUGAAUGCAGCGACAGUGGAAGCCUCGGAUGGUGACACGACUCCUCCAGCCCCGGCGUCCCAGACCUCGUUUGACAAUGACUCGAAGACUCUGAGCUCGUCUUCCGAAUCGAGCUCCGAGUCGGAAGAAGAAGCGUUCGUCGAUGGCUUCAGCGACUCGAAGGAGACUUUUGUACUGGAAAUCGACGAUGAGACGGAUGAAGACCUCAUGUCGGUGUUGCUGGAACAGGAGUUACCGGAGGGUAUCUACAUGUGCAAUACGGAUCGUCUUCCGGGUGACUUUACGCCGGGGGAGAACGUGCACUUGAUUGUGUCCAUGAAGCGAGUCGAGUGGGAUGAAGAUCGCAUGCGUGACACACGUCUCAAUGAACUGCUCUCUGUUGUGUUUAAAGAGCUCUUCGCGAGUCUGCUGUUCAAGGUGCGUUUGUAUGCUCCCUGUGCGAUCUGCGGCUUGAAGACUCGAGUAGCAGUAGCAUCCGAAACGAUGCUUGAAGUGGUUCUAAGUGGCAUGGCUGUACUGGAGAAGAACUGGGAAGAUCCACUCGAGAGUCUUCCAAAUAACGCUGCAACUUCUCUUGGCAUGGAAGAAACACACGCUGAAUCCAUCGAUAUAACUGCGUCGACUGCAGCGGUGCAUGACAUCCCGCUGUCUGGAAAAUCUUCUCCGUCCAAGCUGCACAUCCACAUGCCUCGAACUCGAAGUUUUUCACACAACCGAUUGAAUAACCCCAUGAUGCCUGGAACGACCGCAGCUAUACCAGCUCCGUACGUCCGCGAAUGGAUCGAGUUGACGCCGCUCGGAUACAUUCCUGGUGCUCACGUGACACGAUACCUCGGUCGAGUGACGCUGCACUUUAUUAAGGAGAGCUGGACAGUGCGAGAGAGUGGCGGAUUGGGAGCCUUCUACCACUUGUUCCUGAGUGAGGCCAUCGCUAUUGUCCGAGCGCACGUACGCUCCUUGGGCGGUAACGCCAUGUUGACAUUCCGACUCGUACCCAUCGAGUCCAGUCAACUGUACCGGAACCAAGUGUACAAUAUGAUCAGCAUCACAGGGGACGUCGUCAUGAUUGAGCGAGAAGUGGACAACGACAUUGCGUACCCGCCCAACAUGUGGAGCUCUAAAGCUUCCCAUGCAGCGGAAAUGGACAAGCUCUCGUCUCUUGACGACGCAUUCGCCAACGUCAUUAUUGAAGACUCGGGCAACAUCGACUAGAGUCAAAACGCGAAAUAAUUUUAAAAUCUGAGUACUGUAUCUAGUUCC